CCUCAGGUGAGGCUGCCCGGUCUAGCAGGCCCCACGCCACCGCCUCUGCCUCCCGGGCCGCCCGCUACAGCGGGGCCACCAUGCUCCUGCCCAGGCCUGGAGACUGAUCCCAAAGGGCGCCAUCUCCCGGCUUCGCCCCCACCUGCCGGACCCCAGGGUCCCGCCCCUGCCCAGGAGGUCAGCCAGGCAAUCAUUAACAAGAGGCUGUGACAUGGCGGAGAAAGAGGGUGGCCGGACUAUGCCAUGCUGCUCCGGACCCAAGGUGGCAGCUCUCACCGCGGGAACCCUGCUGCUCCUCACAGGCAUCGGGGCGGCGACCUGGGCCGUCGUGACGGUUCUCUUCAGGAGUGACCAGGAGCCGCUGUAUCCAGUGCAGGUCAGCCCGGUGGACGCAAGGCUCACCGUCUUCGACAAGACAGAAGGGACAUGGCGGUUACUGUGCUCCUCACGCUCCAACUCCAGGGUGGCCGGGCUGAGCUGUGAGGAGAUGGGCUUCCUCAGGGCACUGGCCCACUCCGAGCUGGACGUGAGGAUGGUGGGCGCCAACAGCACGUCGGGCUUCUUCUGCGUGGACGAGGGGAAGCUGCCCCAUGCCCGGAGGCUGCUGGAGGUCAUCUCCGUGUGUGACUGUCCCAGGGGCCGCUUCUUGGCCACCAUCUGCCAAGACUGUGGCCGCAGGAAGCUGCCCGUGGACCGCAUCGUGGGAGGCCGGGACACCAGCCUGGGCAGGUGGCCGUGGCAAGUCAGUCUUCGCUACGAUGGAGCGCACCUCUGCGGGGGUUCCCUGCUCUCGGGAGACUGGGUGUUGACCGCUGCACACUGCUUUCCUGAGCGGAACCGGGUCCUGUCCCGAUGGCGAGUGUUUGCUGGUGCCGUGGCCCAGGCCUCACCCCACGGCCUGCAGCUGGGGGUGCAGGCUGUGAUCUCCCACGGGGGCUAUCUUCCCUUUCGGGACCCCAACAGCGAGGAGAACAGCAACGAUAUCGCCCUGGUCCAUCUCUCCAGCCCCCUGCCCCUCACGGAAUACAUCCAGCCCGUGUGCCUCCCGGCUGCUGGCCAGGCCCUGGUGGAUGGCAAGCUCUGUACGGUGACAGGCUGGGGCAACACGCAGUACUAUGGCCAGCAGGCCGGGGUACUCCAGGAGGCCCGAGUCCCCAUAAUCAGCAAUGAUGUCUGCAAUGGCCCUGACUUCUACGGGAACCAGAUCAAGCCCAAGAUGUUCUGUGCUGGCUACCUUGAGGGUGGCAUUGAUGCCUGCCAGGGCGACAGCGGUGGUCCCUUUGUGUGUGAGGACAGCAUCUCUCGGACGCCACGUUGGCGGCUGUGCGGCAUUGUGAGCUGGGGCACUGGCUGUGCCCUGGCCCAGAAGCCAGGUGUCUAUACCAAAGUCGGUGAUUUCCGGGAGUGGAUCUUCCAGGCCAUAAAGACUCACUCCGAAGCCAGCGGCAUGAUGACCCAGCUCUGACCUGUGGCUUUCCUUGCUGUGCACGCCUCCAGGGCCCGAGUUGAUCCAGGUGGCUCCAACCCCACAUGGUGGGAUCCACCUGGGCCUAGGAUGGAACAUUUUUCUUCUUGGGCUCGAUUCAUGGGUCCAAGGGUGCCCUUCCUCCAGGGUCCUCUAUUCCACAGUGGCGGGCCCACUCAGCCCUGUAACCACUUGAGCCUUGACCCUUAUGACCCCAUGUAAAUAUUAUCCUGCCAUCUGGGGACUCCCGUCUAGCUGCCUCUGAUGACAGGAUGCUCUUUAAAUAAUAAAGAUGGUUUUGAUUAA